GCACACGCACAUGCACAGUGCACACCAGACCUACGUGUGAGCAUGUGUGCAAACCCACUCCUGGAAUACAGGAGCCCACGGGGGCACAGGUGCACACACACACAGACUCACACACACAGCGCACACCAGACCUAUGUGUGAGCACGUGUGCAAACCCACUCCUGGAAUGCAGGAGCCCACGGGGGCACAGUGCACACAGACACACACAUAGAAGGCCACAGCCACGCGCCAGCACAGAGAGCAAGGGUGCAGGGCCGUCCCCGGGAGGGGGCCAGUGUCACUGGGCUGGUGCCCCCCCCAGGGAGGACACGUGCACACGCCACACCCUGUGGCCCCGCUCAGUGGAGCAGCUGCUGACGGGGAGGCAACCUGGGGUUCCGCUGCCUCCUGCCCCCGCAGCACCCACGGCCCACUGACCCCCCUCUGCAGCCCCGCGGUCGGCUCUGCCUGGCUCCCUGCAGUGUGGCUGAGGGGCUCAGCAGGAGGAGGGCCCUGCACUGGCUCCCAGGCUCCCUGCUGUUGGCCCCACCCUGGACACCCCUCCGUGGAUCAGGGACGCUGUGGAACUGUUCUCCAAAACCGCAAUUACGCAGGCGGGAGCCGGGCCCUGCGUGUUUACAGGGCGCCAAGGCAACGGGAAGAGGCUCCUGUAAACACUGAGGGGGUUGCAAAACCACGCUUCCGCGGUGCAGCAUGUGCAGCGGGACCUGAGGGUCAGCAGGGCCUCCAGUGACCGGAGGUCGGGGCCAGCCUGCGGCAGCCCUGGGCACCUGGGCGCCAUCCUUCCUGAACCUCAGCUGGCCACUCCCCCACGAGCUGGGAGGCUAAAGGGCAUCUGAGCCCUAGUGGGCAGCGUGCUGAUCCGCACCUCCAGGAGGGGACGCUUCCCCACGCCCAUGACCUCCGGGAGCCCACCCCAUGUGGCUCACACAGGCCGCCGCAGCCCUCCCGCGCACCUCUCUGCCCAGGGCCUGCAGCUGUGGCCGCAGUGGGCCGCCCAGGAGAGGGGUCCUUGGCCUCGGCCUGCAGUAUCCCCCUGCUGCAUGUCCAUCCCGGGAACCUGUCAGGGGACAUUGCUUGGGAAAAGUCUUGGAAGAUGUGACCACCUGAGGUUCCUGAGAAUAGGAGGUCACUGAUGACCUGGUGGGACCCAAAUGCCACCAUAACUGUCCUCGACGGAGAGAAGGGAGGACACACAGAGAAGCCAUGACUCAAAGGCAGAGAUGGAGUGAGUGACGUCCCCCAGGGCAGGGACCUCGGAGCUGCCAGCCAGCACAGUCCUCAGCGCCUGCGGCUCAGACUCCGGGCCUCCAGCGCGGUGAGGGAACCGCUUGUCACCUCGAGCCACCAGUGCGCAGCACUUUGUCACAGUUGGCCCCAGGACACUAACGUGGCCUCUGGCUCUGGAGUCACGGGACAGCAGUCAUUCAGACUGCUCUGAAGCCAGGGUGACAGGAGGGACGUUCCGACGCCGGGGCAGCGCUGACUCCCGAUCAUGGCUGACAAGGAGCCACAGCUCCGGACUUGCACCUUCUCCAUGCUGAGCCCACCCGAGGGAGGACACAGCUGAGACACCCUGGGCAGCACCAAGACAGGCCACCACCUGUCCAGCUCGGUGCUUCCUCUGGACCCCAGGAGCCAGCUGAAGGUAAAUUCAGGGUGGACAGCCCCCCUGAGUGCUGCACCUCGUGUCCAGUUGAGAGAAGGCCUGGAAUGGACGGAGGCUUGACAGGGACAUGGUGCCCCGGGAGUCAACACUCCUCCUCCCCACCCCAGUCAGGAUCACUGGACACUGCCAGGGACGGCGCCGGGCCUGAGGGUGAGGAGGGGCUGCCCACUGGGUGGAGCUGGCCAAGUGUCCUGCAGGUGACGACUGAGUCCUCGAGUCCCGUGAGGUCCCCACGAGCGAGGGCCCCCUUCCCAGGAGCCCCACUGACCCGACUCGUGGGCACUGGCCUUUCCCAGAGCCAGCAGAGAGACCAAGACUAAACAAUCCCGUCCACUUGUCAUUUCCCAAAAAAACCUCCUGCCAAAGUAUAUAGAUGCCUAUCAGCUGAGUGGUCAGCUAUGGAAACACGCGGCUAUCACGUGGUCAGCUAUGGAAACACGCGGCUCGGGUAUCAGCUGAGUGGUCAGCUAUGGAAACACGCGGCUAUCACGUGGUCAGCUAUGGAAACACGUGGCUCGGAGGCGGAGGCUCACAGGGCGGGGGCUGAAAAGCAAAUGGAGACUCUGUGGGUGGCUGGUGGAGCAGCCCUGGGAGCUGGCCCAGGGGUGGACGCAGAAAGGCCCAGGCCUCUCGGAUCGUGCUCCCCAGGCCCCAGACGCCCCGAGGCCCAGGGUCUCCCAGAACUGAAGGCUGAAGCUCCUGUCUGACCACAGCGUGUCUGAGCGCCAGGCUGGGCGGGUGGACCUGGGCUGAGACCCCAGCCUCUGGCCCUCGGUGUCCAGAGCCGAUCAGAAGGCCCCUGCAGGGCAGGGAGGGGCAGUGCAGGUGCCAGGCGCAGGGGCUCUGCCAUCCUGGCCCACCACGUCUACAGACGAGGGGCCUCGCCCGGUGGCUGGGGACACAGCCCUGCCUCCGUCCCCACGUGACACUCAGCCCCAGUGGCUGUCGGCCAGGCUCAGGGUAGCGCAGGCCUCAGAUCUGAAUCCCGAGGCGACGUGCCCCGGGGGGGGGGGCUCCAGAUGAUGGCGAGGCCAGCCCACCCUGAUGACGCGAGGGCCGCCAGCGGUCUCCGUCCGGCUGCGGAGGUGGUGGCACAGGCACCCCAGGAAGCGUGUGCGGGGGCAGGAGGGCCAGGGGGCCAAGCGGGCAUCCCAGGAGGGACUUGUCCGAGGACCCACGCUGUCUGACCUGGAGACCCCGCACCGUGGCAAGCCCACCUCUGGAGGAAGAGCAGGCAGACGGUGGGGGAGCCGGCCCGGGCCCUGCAAGGCCACUGUCCACUUGGUGAGCCCCAGCUGCCCAGACAGCAGGUUGUCUGUGUUUCUGGAAGAGAUGGUUUUCCAGCUGGUGGACAGAGGCAAGGUCAUGUCCUCACCCAUGAUGGGGCAUCGGCCAAUCCACUGGCGGCCUGGGAAGAAGAGUUACGUCCACAAGUGGCUCUGGACAGCUGGACGCCCACAGGUGAGGGAAUGGCUCUGGACCCAGGUCCUCACCUCCGGGGGACCCAGUGUGAAGUCGGUGACACCAGCAGACCCCCGCAGGACUUUCAGGUGCCGCCCCGAGGACCUCGUCCGUGAAGGACAGUGCAUCAGCGGGGCUUGUGGAGGGGAGAGGCGGGGGCAGAGACCUCCGAGAAGGGCCCGGGGCCUGGGACUCACAGAGACCUCUCUAAACAGCCAAGAAGACGAACAGCCAGUUGAAAAGGGAGGCCUGAGAGCCGCUGGGCAGAGAGGCUGUGGCCAGCAACCGCGCGCUGGACACUCCCGGCACCCAGCACCGCCAGCAGCCACACCUGAGCAGCACAGAGACCACUGCCCCCAAUCCACAGGCCCACAGCGCCAGUGCCGGCUGACCACAGAACCAGCCCUCGCACUCAGUGUUGAGAGCUACCUCAGGCAGUGCCCACACACGGGUGUUCACAGAGCGCCAUGUACAAUUGCCAGCGCUUGGCAAAUGUCCCUCAGUGGGCGAACGUGUUCAUUGACUGUGGUACGCCAAACAAUGGAAUCUUACUCAACCCUGAAAAGAAACAAGCUACCCAACAUGACGAUGCGGGAGACUGGGACGUGCGUGACUCAGGAAGACGUGAGUCUGAAAUGCAGGAUUUCCACUGGGUGGCCUUCUGGGAAAGACAGAGCUAUGGAGCCUUAGAAGGUCAGCUCGAUCGGCGGAGGGCUUGCCUCGCGUGCACCGGGCCCUGGGUUCAGUCCCUAGCGCCAUACCUACACACAAAGGUCAGUGGUUUCCGGGGCAGGGGACGGGUGGAGCACACAGGUGUCCCUGCACAGUGAACCUCCUCUGCGUGACCGACACGGGCCAUCGCAGUGACCCCCAGAACCUGCGACUCCCAGGGGCCCUCUGGUGAGGUGGUGGAGGUGGCCCCAUGGGGGACGGAGGGGCCCUCUGUAUUGUUCAUUUUUCUGUGAACCUAAAACUUCCCUAAAAAUCAGUCUGUUUGAAAAGAA